GUCCAUUUGUACAAGUCAGCUAAGGGAGGAGCACUCGUGUUUCUGUGGCCUCUAGUAAAUAUUAUAUUGUUUGAUGCGUGCGAGAAAAAGAAAUAACUUGCUGUAGGUAACGGUAUAGAUACCUGCACACGCAUUACCUGAAUCUACAUUUCAAACAUUUAAUUAUGUAUUUCGCUAUUGUUACCAUAUUUUUAUUGCUGCCACACUGUGUAUUGUAAGAGUUUUGCACAAAAUGAAACUAUAACAAAAGCGACUAUUUAACAGUUGUAAAUUCUACGUGUGUCACGCGCCGCCGUCCCUCUCCGUGCUCGUUCCCGGAGCAUUCCGUGCGCAUGCGCAUUUCCGUCUCCUGCCCUCCCACUUCCUGCCGACAGGCCGAGGCUCCCGCGGCGGCGCGAGCGGUUCCAUCAGCACGGGCUGUGCGGUCGCGACUCUUUUCCAGCGUGGCGACCGACGGCGCAGCGGCACUGAAACGAUGCUUUUCUCCAAAUCGAUGAACAUCUCAGAGAAGAAUACAAAGAGUGCGUUACACCAACACAAGGAGAGAGUGGGAUGAAGACAUGUGAUUUUAAUAUUAAAUAUAAACACUUAUAUGACCUUAAGAGAGCAGAGAAGUUAGUAGGAAAGAGAGAUGGCUGUACAGGCCCGGGCGCUCGUCUCGCUUGGGCUCUGGCUGCUGCGUGCCGGGCUGUGCCGCUGUCAGGACCCGGGGGACUCGGCAGACAGAGCCGCCUUCCAGCCGCAGAGCGCCCUCUCCGACGUGGAGUUCGCUGUGGCGAGCACGUACCGUGGGCCGGGCAACAGCGACACGCGCGGCAACAAGGAGCUGCCCAUCCUGCUGUGGUGGAGCGCGGGCCUCUUCCCCCACUUCCCCGGGGACACGGAGCGCGUCGACUGCGCCCUCUCCUCCUGCUUGGUGACGCGCAACCGCAAGGUGCAGCUGCACCGCCGCACGUCCGCCAUCAUCUUCUACGGCACCGACUUCCGGGCGUACGAAGCCCCGCUGCCGCGGCUCCCUCACCAGGCGUGGGCGCUCUUCCACGAGGAGUCGCCCAUGAACAACUACGUGUUGUCCCACGGUCCCGCCGUCCGGCUCUUCAACUACACGGCCACUUUCCGCCGGGAGUCGGACUACCCGCUCACCCUGCAGUGGCUGCCCACGCUGGAGUACCUGCUGAGCCCGCCGGCCGUCUCGCUGCAGGAGAAGAACCGGUGGCGCCGGGCAGGCCUGGCCCCGGUGCUGUACGUGCAGUCGCACUGCGACGUGCCCUCGGACCGCGACCGCUACGUCCGGGAGCUCAUGAAGUACAUCGAGGUGGACUCUUAUGGGAAGUGCCUCAACAACAAGCGUCUGCCGGAGCGUCUGGAGGACACGGCCACGGCCACCGAGGAGGACCGCCAGUUCAUGAGCUUUGUGUCGCGCUACAAGUUCCACCUGGCGCUGGAGAACGGCCUGUGCCCCGACUACGUGACGGAGAAGCUGUGGAGGCCGCUCCACCUAGGCUGCGUGCCCGUGUACAGGGGCUCUCCCUCCGUAGCCGACUGGCUGCCCAGCGAUCGCUCCGCCGUGCUCAUCGACAGCUUCCCCUCUCCUCGCGCGCUUGCCGAGUACCUGCGGGCGCUGGACGAGGAUGACGCAGCAUACGCCCGCUUCCUGGAGUACAAGAGCCCUGGGCGGGCGACCAACGGUCGCCUCCUGGAGGCGCUGCAGAGCCGGGAGUGGGGCGUCAGCGACAUGAGCAGGCCCAAUUACCUCAACGGCUUUGAGUGCUUCGUCUGCGACCAAGAGAACCGACGGCUGGCGGCCGAGCGGGCGCACCGGCGCGCUCCCAACACGCGCCCGGCGCCGCCGCCCAGGAUGGCCGACAACUCCCACAUGGGCUGCCCGGUGCCCAGCCCCGGCUACGGCCCCAUUGAGGACAUUCCCACCAGCGACAGCUGGCUGCAGAUGUGGCCACAGGAUUACUGGCAGAGCUUGGACCAGGCGGAGGGGCUGGAAUCGCUGAUCCGGCACAACGAAUCGGACCCCGGGCUGCUGUGGCACCACAUCCAGAGGCUGGCAGCCAGGCGUACGGCGGGGCGUUAGCCAGGGGACUCCCAGAAAGCAUUGCUGCAGACGCUACUGCUCAUUCUUAAGGAAGGUUGGCCCACGACAGGAGUGACCGCCCCGAUGGACACGAAGGACAUUCGCUGUCAGCGUAACCAAAAGUGGUAAAAGUUGGUCGUGGAAGUUCAUCGACAGGAGGUUCGGCAACGAGCGGCGCUGUCGCACUUGUCUAAAUGCAUCCCUAGACACUGAGGAUCGGUUGGCUAAGCACAGCGUUCAAAGCAAUAUUCACUUUUUCCGGAACAGGUGUCAUUUCCGAAUGGAACCAGUCUCAUCUUCUCAGGGUUACAUGUUUCCAGGUCUGAACUAUUGAUUAGACUUCUUCGCUGACCAUAGUGGCAGUAGAAGGUCUUGCUUGUGCAAGAUCUAUAAUCAUUAGUUAUUGAUGAGUGCCACGGGGCCAAUUUCUUUCAGCUCGAACACGACGUAUUGUCAUUGUGCUGAGGCCAUGUUAUCAACAGUGUUACUGUACAGCUCCUCCUGUGUGUGCGCGCUAACAAAAAUAUAUUUUUAGUAAUGUUCCUAUUAAUAUUGCUUGUUUUAAAGCGUUACUGCAUUUUUGUAAGGGAAAAUAAAGA